AUGGCGUUCCUCAUGAAACAGAUGCUGGGGGACAAGCUGAAGAACAUGACCGGAGGCGGAGGAGGCGACGACGAGGCGAAGACCGAUUCGGACGGCAAGGAGACUCCCCAGUCCAAGGGCAUGUCGCGGGAGGAGUUCGAGGAGUACCAGCGGCAGCUGGUGGAGGAGAAGAUUGAGAGAGAUAAGGAGUUCGCUAUGAGGAAGGCAGAGAGGGCCAACCUGAGAGUCCAGCUGAGGGACAAGUACCGCCUGCCAGAGAGUGCUCAGGACGACGCCACCAUCCAGAUGGCGGGUGGGGAUGUGGACCUGCCAGAGGAGCUGGCCAAGAUGGUGGAGGAGGACGAGGAGGAGGAAGAGGCCAACGAGUCGCUGUUGAACAAGAUCCAGAACAUGGACCUGGACCUUGAUGCCAUCAAGAACAAAGCCCAGACCACCAUGACAGAGGUCAAACAGGCUGCAGAGGAAAAGUGUGCUGUCAUGUGA